CUUUCUUUUCUAUCUAUCUAUUUUUUUUUUUAUAUAUAUAUAUAUCUUGGGAAAAAAAAGUAUGCCGUUUUCUAAAGUUCAUGAAGUCAGUAAUAGAAUGCAAUUCUUAUCCCCACCCGUUACUCCAAAGCAGAUAUUUGAGACUUCAUUUCAUACAACAGGCAGACAAAUUGAAGAGGAGUAUUGGGAUUCUACAUCGACCGAAGCUUCCUCUUCACCUUCUUCCUCCUCUUACUAUUUACCUACAUUAACUGACCCCAAGGCAAGAACCAAGAACACAGUGAUGUUUACAUCCAUUGUUCUAUCUUCCAAAAGAAAGCAGACACCAGUGCGCUCAUUGCCUGCCUCGACGGAGGGAACUUUUUUUAUGCCUACCUUUAUAACCUCGCCUGCGAAAAAGAAGACAAAGAAGCAUGUGAACAUCAACACGAGUCAACAAAAACCUCCAACACCACCUCUACCAUCAAAGGAUGGACCGAGCCCGUUACCCACCAUCAUCAAGUCGGUUGCACCAAAUCAGAAAGUGGAGGAUAGCGUAAUUCUCGCACCAGAAGUAUUGAACGACCAACAGAAAGAUGAAAUAUGUAUCAAUAAAAAGGCCAAAACAAGCGAGGCAUACAUCUACGAUACCUUGAGCGCGGACUGGGAUCAAGCAGCCGUAUUCCUAAAUAAUGAGCAUUGGAUACCUAAUGUCGAUGUCUUCAAUAGAAGGCCAAUGGUCCGAAUUUCAAAAAAAGGAUCUCCACUUAAAAUCCGUAAUAUGCCUUAUUUUGAAAAAUUGCACGCUGGUGAAGUCACCAUUGCCGCUACACUUCGAUUAACACCUGAACAGUAUCUCAAAUGUAAAUGGGCUCUUAUCCUCGCAGCAAAAGAUGCUUCUGAAAACAACACCUUGUUUCGUAAAUCGGAGGCGCAAAAAGUUUGCUGUAUUGAUGUGAACAAAACAAGCGUUCUGUGGAAUGCAUUUGGCAAACUGGGUUGGCUGGGGUCCAAGUGGCCUCAAUAAAGAAAGCUUAAUAUUCUUGCUCAGCUACAAAAUCACAAUUGUCUUUCUUAUUGUAUUUCUAUAUCCCCCCACUCGCUCCAUCCCCCCAACCCUUCACUCAAUUUCUGUAAAUAACAUGCCCCAUUCACCUAUUUAUCUAUUUAUGCCCUGCUAUGUUUAUUCAUAUAAGCCCUCCAAAUUAAUAAAAAACAAUUGUAAAUCGAAA